CGAUUAUUUUGGCGUCCAUAUGAAAAAGUCUUUGUUGCUUGUCAUUAGUUGUGUCAGUUUUUAAUAGAUCGAACGGAAAUAAGCAGUAACUUGAAAAAAGACAUCUUGGUUUUCCCGCGCUGCUUGUACCGUUUUGCUGAUGCGAAUUUAACAAAGAACAGUUUUUGUGCAGGAUAGACUAUCUUAAAGAUAUUUUAACGGCAGAGCAGCAUUCAUUGUGAACAGAAGGAGGGUUGAUUUCCUUUUGAAACCAUUAACGAAACUUUAAAGACAAACUGCCCUUCCUGAAGAAAAAAAAACUAUGGGAAAAAAGCGUAAGCAAGCAGAAAUAAAAACUGAUAUCCCUGAAGAAGGUGAAAAGAAAAAUGAAUUAAUGUUAGAGGAAGAAUUAAACAUAUCAGGAAAAGAUGUUGAAAAUACCUAUGUAUCACCUCCUGCCAAAUUGACAAGAUCUUCUAACAAGGUACAAGAAAAACCACCUCCUCGGGAAAAGAAAAUGAACACUAAGAAAACGUCUGUUUGUCUUCCCUCUUCACCUCCUUCGAAGUUAAGGAAGAUUACUAAUGAAGAAAAAGUUAAUGCUGAAGAGGAUAUAAAAAUUUCCACAUCAGAAAAGGGAGUUCCUGUCCCAAACUUUCCUGAUGGUUGGAGAAGACAAGUUGUUGUACGAAAAACCGGCAAAACGGCUGGCCAAAUCGACAUUUACUUUUACAGCCCUGAAGGAACAAAGCUUCGUUCACGUCCGGAUGUUGCAGCCUAUUUAGCCAUACAUAAGAGUGAGUUAAAGGUUGAAGCAUUUGAUUUUAGGAGAACAUUAAAGACUAGUGAAAUUGUUGAAAAGAAAGAUUGUGCUGCUGAGAAUGGUACUGCACCAAGAAAAGAAAGCAAGAGUGUGCAAUGUGAAAAUUCAGAUGAAGUGGAAUUAAAGGAUUCGCCAGAAGCUGCAUCCUCCGUAAAAAAGUCGAGAUCUGAAAAGUCAUCUGAAAGUAAUGAAGAAGUAGCUUCUGAAGAAAAAGGAAAGAGUGCCCCUGAAGAAAAAGGAAAGAGUGCCCCUGAAGAAAAAGGAAAGAGUGCCCCUGAAGAAAAAGGAAAGAGUGCUCCUGAAGAAAAAGGAAAGAGUGCUCCUGAAGAAAAAGGAAAGAGUGCCCCUGAAGAAAAAAAAAAUAAGGACAUUCUUGAAGAAGAGAAAGAUGAAGAUGAAAAAAAGAGUAAGAACGUUUCCAGAAGAAGAAAAUUAAAAAUUGAUGUUGAAAAUACCUAUGUAUCACCUCCUGCCAAGCUGACGAGGUCUUCUAACAAGAUACAAGAAAAACCACCUCCUCGGGAAAAGAAAACGAACACUAAGAAAACAUCUGCUGCUCUUUCCUCUUCACCUCCUUCAAAGUUAAGGAAGAUUACUAAUGAAGAAAGGGUCAGUGUUGACGAUAUAAAAAUUUCGACAUCAGAAAAGGGAGUUCCUGUCCCUGAUGGUUGGAGAAGACAAGUUGCUGUACGAAGAACCGGCAAAACAGCAGGCCAAAUCGAUAUUUACUUUUACAGCCCUGAUGGAACAAAGCUUCGCUCACGUCUAGAAGUUGCAAACUAUUUACUCAAACAUAAGAGUGCGUUAAAAGUCGAAGAUUUUGAUUUUAGCAAACCAUUGAAAGAAGCUGAAACUGUCGUAAAGGUAAACAAUGUUGCUGAGAAUAGUACAGCCAAGAGGAAUAAAAGUAAGAAUGUACAAGAUGAAAAUCCAUGGAAGAAUGGAGUCGAAUUAGAGGAUUCGCCUAAAGCUGUAUCCACAAAAAUGUCCAGGCCUGUUAGAAAAUUCCCUUCUAAAGUGCCACCACCUGCUGGCGCAAAAGAAAAGAGUGAUAAAAAAGAUGUAGAAUCCAAGCUUAAAAAGUCAAGAAAAUAAUUAUUUGAACAUUUUUUAAAAAAAAUUUAAACGUUGUCAGUGUUGUGCUCACUUUUUAUGUUGUGGAUGUCUUAAAUUCAUUUUCUAUUUUUUCAGAUUUAUCAUAUAAUUUAAUUGGCAUUUUUUACAUGAUGUCCAGUGUGUGAUAAGUAAAUGCUACAGAAAGUUUAUUUUGACAAUAUUUUCGAGGCCUUAAUUAUUAUAUUAAUUAUUUAAUUGCUUUCUUUCCUUGCCUCUCCAAAGUUUUCCUUUGGAUUUGUUAAAUAUUUGAUUGUUUAUAUAUAAUAGGGUUACCAUGGCACCGGGAGAAUCGGGAAAAUAUAGAGAAGUUUCUUAGUUCUUUAACUAAAAAGUGCUGAUCUCUAAACAUUGCGAGAGUAAAAGAUUGUAGUCUUAAAGAUUUUAGCCUUUACUCUUGAGAAUAAUUUACUGAAAACAAUUGUCCGGUCGUUGUGACAGUCCUGUCAUUUUCAGUUCUUGAGUUUUACAAGGUACAGAACAUAUUACACCUAAAAAAAUUGGUAUGAUGGCCAUGAUGAGUUAAUUUAACACGAAAUAGUUCCUUUAUAGGAUAUUAAAAAGUAAGAGCCCUUUUUAAGGGCUUAGAUUUUUUUUUUUUUUUUUUUUCUUAAUCUCAAAAUAAA